CAACAAUGUCGGGUAGCGACGAAGACCACACCGAUGGCGAGGAUAACGUUUUUCUCAACCUGGUCGCGCGUGUCAUCCGGAAACCCCUCUACCGGUUUCCAGGGCAGUGGGGUCACGAGACCUACGAGCCGCGGAUCUACAGAAGUCUGGGUACCAUCCUACGGAACGCGACCUCGGAAGAAUUCGAUGCCUUUAUAAUGGACUUUAUUCAUUUUGCGCGAACGGCUCAGGCGCGCCUGGACAUGCAGUUCUACAUGGAGUUCAUUAACGUGUGCACCAAUACCAUCCUUCACUGGGUGUUUGCGCGCAGGUGCAGCGCCGACAUAGUCCGGAAGCUGAUGGAGAGGACGUCGGUGUUUCUGCAGGACCAGACUAACAACCUGGCCAUAGCAUGGAGGUGUUUCACACCCAUCUACAGCCCCAGCCCCGUGGGCGGGGUAACCCCACUGAUGUUCGUGGCCCAGAACAGGCAGUAUGACGUGCUGAAGGUGUUGCUGCAGUAUGGGAUGCUAGAGAAGGAGAGGAGACCCACCUACAUCAUCAUCUCUGUCCUGUUUAACCCCCCGAGACUGGAGGCGCUGGAUGAACGCUGUCACGCCACCGUCACCAGGGAACUCAGGGACUGUAUGGCUCUGUGCUUCAGGGUGCUGAGCCAUGUAUCCAUGUCUGAUAUAGAGAUGCAGAUUGGGUACGGUCGUAAGCCCCUGAUUGAAGACUGGAGAGACCACAUCCCCCCGAGUCGCUACAAGGACCCCUGUGAACUGACCCAUCUCUGCCGUAUGGUGGUUCGGACCUCUCUGCUGGCCAGGGCCCGCUUACCGGACGGCAUCAAGUCGCUACCACUCCCUACACUCCUCCAAGGCUAUCUCAACCUGGAGAGCUGACCUGGCUACGGGGCCUGGAGUUUUGCCUGGUCUUGGUGAGGUCAUGUGGUCUGGGAAAACUCCUGGCUUUGCUAUUAAAACAACCAGGAGGAUGGAGUUUUUCUGUCUGUUAAUAAAGUGGCUGCAAAUCAAAUCAAAAUGUGUUCUAUGAAGACCUUUUAACAUCAGUCACAAAGUGCUUUACAGCUACUCCCCCAGACGCCAGAUGUAACGGGAUGCACACCUUCCAAAAAGUUCAACUUUUGUCUCGUCAGUCCACAGAAUAUUUUCCCAAAAGUCUCAGGGAUCAUCAAGAUGUUUUUUUGUCAAAAGUGAGACGAGCCUUGAUGUUAUUUUUGGUCAGCAGUGGUUUUCUCCUUGGAACUCUGCCAUGGAUGCCAUUUCUGCCAAGUCUCUUACUUAUGGUUGAGUCAUGAACCCUGACCUUAACUGAGGCCAGUGAGGCCUGCAGUUCUUUAGAUGUUGUUGUGGAUUCUUUUGUGACCUCUUGGAUGAGUCGUCGCUGCGCUCUUGGGGUAAUGUUGGUAGGCCGGCCACUCCUGAGGAAGGUUCACCACUGUUCAAAAUGUUCUCCAUUUGUGGAUAAUGGCUCUCACCGUGGUUCGCUGGAGUCCCUAAAGCUUUAGAACUGGCUUUGUAACCUGUUCCAGACUGAUAGAUGUCAAUUAUUUUGUUUCUCAUCUGUUCCUGAAUUUCUUUGGAUCGUGGCGUGAUGUCUUGCUUUUUGAGAUCUUUUGGCGUACUUCCCUUUGUCAGACAGGUUCUAUUUAAGUGAUUUCUUGAUUCAACAGGUCUGGCAGUAAUCAGGCCUGGGUGUGACUAGUGAAAUUGAACUCAGCUUACCAAAACAUGUGAUUAACCAGUAAAUUAAUGAUUUAACAAGGGGGGGUUACUUUGUCACAUAGGGCCAUGAAGGUUCGGAUAGCUUUUUAUCCUUAAUAAAUAAAAUCAUCACUUAAAAACUGCAUUUUGUGUUUACUUGGGUUAUCUUUGUGUAUUAUUAAAAUUUGUUUGAUGAUCUGAAACAUUUAAGUGUGUCACGAUCGUCGUAUAGAGGAGAAGCGGAGGACCAAGGUGCAGCGUAGUAAGUGUUCAUUAUUUUAAUUAAAAUAUGAAACACUUGACAAAACAACCAAAACGAUAAACGAACAGUCCUGUAAGGUGAAAACACACAAAACAGAAAACAACCACCCACAAACACAGGUGGGAACAGGCUACCUAAGUAUGAUUCUCAAUCAGAGACAACGAUAGACAGCUGCCUCUGAUUGAGAACCAUACCAGGCCAAACACACAGAAAUACAAAACAAGGACAACAUAGAACACAAAACAUAGAAUGCCCACCCCAAACUCACACCCUGACCAACCAGAACAGAGACAUAAAAAGGAUCUCUAAGGUCAAGGCGUGACAGAGUGGGAUAAAUGUGCAAAAAAAUUAACAAAUCAGGAAGGGGUCAAAUACUUCUUCACAGCACUGUAUAUAUAUAUAUAAACUACCGGUCAAAAGUUUUACAA